GCGAAAUAUUUUAUUAUCUAGAGUCUUUUAUUAUCCACGAUAUUAUAUUCUCUAGUAGAGAUUGGCCUAUAUAUUAAUAUUUAUUAAUAUUUUGGCCUGUUAGUCGCCUAGAGGAUCUCUUUAUUCCUUCUCCAUGCUAGCCACCAGAGUGACUAGCGGCGCAAUCUGUCUAAGAUGCCGACUGCGUCUUCUUCAUCGGAGCGCUCAGCCUUUUCAAGCCUCCAGUCGCAUCAGCUGCAGUCGCAUUACUAGAACCCAGCAUCCAACCCUGCGACGCUUUCAUGGAGACUCGACCGCCCGUUCCCUCGACGAUGAUUUAGCCCCCGAAGAUGAGGACGUGAAUCCGGAAAAUAAAAAUAAGGCGCGAGAUAGGAAGCGCGAACAUGGCGCAGGACGUGCCACUAAGACCUUGACCCUCCACAAGAGGCGUCUUUCUCGCGAUCGCGUCCUCAUGGAGGAUUCAGGGAGUCUUGGUACCGAUAUGCUAGGCAAGCCUGCCUCUGUGAUUAUUAUGAGGGACAAAGGCCUGCGUCGAAGAAAAUACAAUCCCUCUGCCCCUGAUGAUUCCGACGCUAAGCCCGACAACCGGCCUGCCAAUCUCGAAGCUCUACUCAACCUCCAGCGAGAAACGCCAACCGCAGAGGAGGUCCGUGACAAUAUUCAUAAUUUAAAACCAAAAUUAGAUACUACCAUGCCGGAAAGGGACUUCCGCAAGCUGCAAGCCGAGCUGAUGAGCGGCUUUCUGACUGGCCAGCUUCAUGAUUAUCUCGAGCAUCACAAGCCGGGUGGGGUAAAUACAACGUCGAUUGCCUUCAGGAGCUAUAGUUGGGUCAGAGAAAUCAGUCCAUGGGUGCCAUUAAAACCCCAUUCAGACCCCGUGGAAGAUGGUAAUAUUAGCCUGCAUGGAUACACAACGGAGUCGACCACUCCAAAGGAGGAACUCGCACUACAAAUCAUGCGUGGAUGUUGGGGUCUUUCGAUUGCAGAGCUCGAUGCUGGCCUUGGUGAAAUAAACAUCAAGGUUCGAAAUUCUAGGUUUCUUCUGCUCAUGCGUGGUACUCGGCGAUGGAUGACAUUCAUGGACCACGUAUUGCUAGACCCUGGAGAGAAGAUCGAGGCAUUCCGGAGUAAAAAGACUAUACGCAUCGUGGCGACGAAAACAAAGGCUUCAACAUUAGUAGAAGGGUUAGCCAAGACACUCAAACAUAUCACCGACGCAAGCUAUCCGGUCGACUUCAUCGCCUCGGAGCCCCUCGAUGAAGCGGUACUAGAAGAAGUAGGACGUAUCACAAAUACACAUGUUAGGAUAAACCAGAGUACCAGACUGCUUUACGUAACUUGGAUGGAAUCCGAAGAACAUACUUCGCAAGGUCUUACAGGCCUAAGAUCUCCAGGCGAUGAAGUCUUCCGUCUGCUACUUACCGCUUUCAACCCACAACCAGCAACGACAGCUACUCUCUUGGCAGCAGACUCAAAAAGUCAGGCUACGGGCAGGUUUGUUAUGAAUACUGCAAACAAAGAAAAACUGGGAUGGAAUGACAGAACGGGUGCGUGGGCUCGUUACAUACUACCAGUGGCAUCCGAAGACAGCGAUCCAGCAGUAAUGAAACGACUUGACAGACUUGCGCUCCCCAUUACACCACAGCCCGAAUUGCCCACUUCCAAUGGGCUCGAUAUGCCUUCAUCGGAUGUGUUACUAUCCCCUUACAAUAGCGUGGAAUGGACGAAAGAGUCCCAAGUAUCAACUGUAGCGCAGUUUGGCUCUUUGCUACACGCGAACAACCCCUCUGCCUCGCCUCCCAGUCUACCUGACCUCUUGACUGCCAAUCACCUCCGAGUAUUCGCCGCCGCCACGCCGCAUGCUAUUCAGCUUACCAAGUUUAAUAACGGGACCCAAUCGCCUGUCAAGACAAGAACAUCAGUGGUUAUCCGAUUCUGGCCGACGCCCACCCUCGAGCCCACUCACAACGAAAGCAAAAAAAAGAAGCGGAAAGCCAAACCUAGCGUACCUAGCGUCACCACUCCUCCCGCGCCUCUCCUCGAGCUUCGCCUCGCAGUAUCUGGCAAUGAAAUAAAUGGCAUCGAGAGUUUCCGCGCUAUAAAGCGAACACAAGUAACGGACGUCAUGCUCCCCGCGUCCCUCGUUGACCUACGCUUCACGCAGGCCCAGUACGCGGUGCCCGAGGGCGAACUUGCCGAGCUCGCUUCCUGGGAGCCGUUGAACACGUUUCUCAGGUCAUCGCAAUUCGACCUAGAGCGCGGCGAGUUCAAGACACCGCCAAAGCAGUCGUUCUCCGUCCUCUGGUAUCCAGCCAUGCGGCGUUUUUCCGGCGGCCCCACCGCAUUUACAGCCAGCCCCGAAUCCGGAACACCGCGAAACCUCGAUACCGAGUAUACGCUAUCAAGUCUAGAGGUUCAUCGCUCCAUAUCAAUGCCAUAUGAAGGAUUCAAAUUAUCAUAUACGUCUAUAGAGGCAGGACCGGAGAGCGGGCGGAGAGCGGAAGUUACCUUGGAACCUGAAACUAGCGCUGAUCCCCCUAAGGGAGGCGCGCGUAGAUAUCACGAUAGCUUCUUAGCAGCCUGCCAAAAACUCGCCAGCACUGAUGUGCUGUGGUCAGGAUUACAUAGCAUGUAAAUUACGGGGUUUGAUCACCUAGCUGCAAACUAUUGUGUGUAAUAUACUAUACAUUUAUGAAGA